AUGAUAUUUGUACUACUAUUAUUGAUAUCUUAAACAAAUGCACUUUAUUCAAAAAAACUCUAUAGAACUAGAGGUUUUACAGCAAUUGAUAUUGAUCUAUAGAAAUAUGAUGAAUUGAAUUAAGGAUCAACUACCAUAAAUAUCAUACUUGAAAAUAAUUCAUUUUCAACUGUUCCUUUUUUAGCUUAUUGUAAUACCAAGAAUCAAUAAAUUAUAAAAUCGAUUGUCAGCUCUCCUGAAGCCAUUAAGAAAUAAAUUGAAUCAAACAAGUAAUCAUUGAGAAUUGAUAAUUAGAAAAUUAUGUGUGUUUGAUAACAAUGCUUUGUUAUAUUCAUAACGUGUAUAACAGAUAGUAUUAUCAGAUUAAAUCAAUGAUGAAAACGAAUGGGCUUUUAAUAAAUUUAGUAUAUAUAAGUUAAACGAAAAACAAAUUUCUAUUUAUGUCUAUUCAUCUGAUGAUUCUUAAUACACAAUCAUAAUUAAGGGUUCUUAGAAAGGAGAAUGUUAUAAGUUAUUUUUUAAUCUAAAUUAGUUAAUGCAAUAAUUAUGGUUUGUGUAUGAGUAAUUAAAUACUUUUUUGUUAAUGCAAUGAAGGUUAUUUGGAUAGUACUUGUUAAUUAUAAAGUACUGUUGUAAAUGCUCCAAGCUUAGUUCAUGUAUAAUACAAUAUUAUUUUAGUUUGAAAUGAAAGAAUAGUCUUAUAAAAAUAUUCUAACUAUUCCUUUAAAGGCUACACUAGCUUCCUUAGAAAUUGAAGUAAACACGAAUGCAAGAAUAAAAACAUAUCUUGGAUGUCAACAUGACAAAGAUUUUAUUCCAUUUUAUGAGAGUAAUUCAUUUUAUCAAACGGAAAUUUCGACUGGAACAUUAAAAUUUUCUAAAGAUGACAUUUAAUAUUGUCUUGAUAACACAAAUAAAAUAGAAUAAACAUUAGGAUUCAGAAUGGAAAAUUAUGUAAUCCUAUUAUUAGUUAAUGAUCAAACAUAUAAAAUAUAAGUUUCUUUGAAACUCUACAUUGAUAGCAAAUAAGAGGAUAAUUCUGGACUAGAAAUAUAUUACAUCUUAGCUGGUGCAUUAGGAGCUUUAAUUGUUGCCUUAUUAAUUAUUAUAUGUGUGAUUUAUUUUUAAAGAAAGACUAGACGAAUAAAUAAUGGAGUUUAAAAUAAUCUAAAUUUGAGAUCAUUUUCAGUUAAAGGAAAUACUAAUAGAAGUUUACGAUAAGAUUAUAUUCCAGUGGAAUUGUAUGAAUAAAUCAUUUAAGAAUACCCUGGAUUAGUGGAAAUUUCUGAUUGUUAGAUUUGUCUUGUGGAAUUCGAGAAACAGGAUUUAGUCAAAUUAACAUAUUGCCUACAUUUAUUUCAUUCCACUUGUAUAGAUGAAUGGAGAAAACGAAAUCAUGUAUACAAAUUAUAGUUAUAUAUAUAGACCUGUCCAUUUUGCAGAGAAGACUUAACAAAAUAAAAAUGCAUACAGUAAAAAUAAGAGGAUUAAAUCUAUUAGUUGGGAGUUAUUUCAGGUGAUGCAAUGUAAAUAGAUGAAUAAAAACUUGCAGAAUUUUAAAGGAGAGAAUAAAGAUUGAGACAUUUAUAAUGUAAUUUUUAUUAGAAAUUAAUAGAAACAUCCUCACCUGAUUCUGCAAAUGCAAUACAAUAAAAGGAAAAUACUCCAUCCCCAUUUUUAAAAGGAGAUGUAAUAACAUAAUAGCUUUGCGUAUCAUCUGGAAAAUGA